AUGGGCGCAGUGAUCCCGAUCCUCCUCGCGUCGUUGCUUUUCCCGUCUGUGUUACCCUCUCUCGCCGCUUUUGCCGCUGCGAAUCCUUCGGCUGCAGCCAGCAGCGAGCCAGGGCGAAGCGGCCGACUGCGACAGGUGGGUAUAGAUAGCCGACCCUUGCUGCUAAUAGGAAAUCCCCUCCUCUGCUUCCACGCAUCCCCUCCCUGCUUCCCCCCAUCCCCUUCCCUGCAUCCCCACAUCCACUUCCUGCUUCCGCCCAUCCCCUUCCCUGCUUACCCCCGUCUCCUUUCCCUGCUUCCCCCCAUCCCGUUCCUUGCUUUCCCCUAUCCCGUUCCCUGCUUCCCCCCAUCCCGUUCCUUGCUUCCCCCCAUCCCCUUCCCUGCUCCCCCCCAUCCCCUUCCCUGCUUCCCCCCAUCCCCUUCCCUGCUCCCCCCCAUCCCCUUCCCUGCUUCCCCCCAUCCCCUUCCCUGCUUCCCCCCAUCCCCUUCCCUGCUUCCCCCCAUCCCCUUCCCUGCUUCCCCCCAUCCCCUUCCCUGCUCCCCCCCAUCCCCUUCCCUGCUUCCCCCCAUCCCCUUCCCUGCUCCCCCCCAUCACCUUCCCUGCUUCCCCCCAUCCCCUUCCCUGCUCCCCCCCAUCCCCUUCCCUGCUUCCCCCCAUCCCCUUCCUUGCUUCCCCCCAUCCCCUUCCCUGCUUCCCCACAUCCCCUUCCUUGCUUCCCCCCGUCCCCUUCCUUGCUUCACCCCAUCCCAUUUCCUGCUUUCCCCCAUCCCGUUCCCUGCUUUCCCACAUCCCGUUCCCUGCUUCCCCCUAUCCCCUUCCCUGCUUCCCCCCAUCCCCUUCCCUGCUUCCCCCCAUCCCCUUCCCUGCUUCCCCCCAUCCCCUUCCCUGCUUUCCCCCAUCCCCUUCCCUGCUUCCCCCCAUCCCCUUCCCUGCUUCCCCACAUCCCCUUCCCUGCUUCCCCCUAUCCCCUUCCCUGCCUCCCCCCAUGCCCUUCCCUGCCUCCCCCCAUCCCGAUCCCUGCUUCCCCCCAUCCCCUUCCCUGCUUCCCCCAUCCCGUUCCCUGCUUCCCCCCAUUCCCUACCAUGUUUCCCCAUAUCCCCUUCCCUGCUUCCCCCCAUCCCCAUCCGUGUGCACCCAUCUAUUUCCCCAUACAUGCUUUCAUCAUUCCCCGUGACCCCUUCCGUGCUUCCCCAUGUCCCCUUUCCUGCAUCCCCAAGUCCUCUUCCCUGCUUCCCCAUGUCCCCUUCCCUGCUUCCCCAUGUCCCCUUCCCUUCUUCCCCAUGUCCCCUUCCCUGCUUCCCCAUGUCCCCUUCCCUGCUUCCCCCCAUCCCCUUCCCUGCUUUCCCCCGUCCCCUUCCGUGCUUCCCCGUGUCCCCUUCCCUGCUUCCCCCCAUCCCCUUCCCUUCGGGUGCCCCAUCCCUAAACAUGCUUCCCCCCAUCCUCUUCCCUUCCCCCCACCCCCUUCCCUGCUUCCCCAUGUCCCCUUCCUUGCUUCCCCAUGUCCCCUUCCCUGCUUCCCCCCAUCCCAUUCCCUGCUUCCCCCCAUCCCCUCCCCUGCUUCACCGUGUCCCCUUCCACGGCACUCACAUGCACCACCUGUCUGCUCUUCAUAUUCUUCCUCCCCGCUCCCCGCUCUGGGCUAGAUUUUCUUAG